AUUACCCCAGCCAGCCUCCUUUUAACUCCAUCACUCCAUUCCCUUACUCUCGUUGUUGUUGUUGCUGUUCUUGCUCUUCAGCUUGCUUUCCUCAUUAGGCCUCUGCACUCUGAGCUCCUUGUCUUUCCUUUGGUGGUAGCGGUGCUGCAGCAAUGGGCACUCCUUACCACCUCCAAUCACCAAGAACCAUCCUGGCCAGGCUGGUCAAUAUGAGGCAGCUACCACCGGGGCUGCCGCCGCCGCCGCCUCCGUCCAAGACAGUCCGGCAGCCAGAGGUGCUGCCACAGCGGCUGCCGGCGGCUCCUUCCAAGAUUAUCCUGCAGCCGCGUGACCGGACCUCGCCGGCGAUGUGGUUCGCGGCCAUCGUCUGCUUCGUCUUCAGCAUCAUCCUGAUAGUGGCUGGCGUGGUCAUCUUGAUCGUCUUCCUGGCGGUCAAGCCGCGGGCGCCGUCCUUCGACACUGCCAACGCCAGCCUCAACAGUGUCUACAUCGAUUCGCCGGCCUACUUCAACGGCGACAUGACGCUCGUGGCCAACUUCUCCAACCCCAACCAGAAGAUCGACGUCGUGUUCCGGUCCGCCACCGUGGAGCUCUUCUUCCGGGACAGGCCCAUGGCCGUGCAGGUGCUGCCGCCGUUUGCGCAGCGCCGGGGCCAGUUCCAGGUCGUGAAUUUGCACAUGGUGUCCAGCCGUGUGCUGCUGCCGCCGGAGGUGGCCAUGGAGCUUGUGAACCAGGUGAGGAGCAACAGGGUCGUGUACACCAUCAGAGGCGCCUUCAAGGUGGAGGCCAGAUUUUGGUUUAGCCACUACUCAUACUGGAUGAACACAAUCUGUGAGCUGGAGCUCACAGCUCCUCCUUGUGGAGUUCUUGUUGCCAGGAGAUGCAGAACAAAGUGACUGGCUUCUGAAAUUCCCCAUCCAGUUCUAUUGUUGUAUCAAACCUUACAUCUUUUUUCUUUUGUAUACUGAAAUUGGGCAGGGUAAAGUAAAACAAACUCAUGAUUGAUGUGAA